GAUAUUUUACGCUCUUUGAAUCGGGUUUAAGACCCGGGAAGCAAGGUUCGUGGCGUCGCAUGCCACCUGCACUUGUUCCGAGUUUGUGUUGUCCUUGGUAUAUUCACACACUCCUACAUUCCUUAAUCUGUGGUUUAAGAACGUCCUUGAUGGGAGGACGUCGGUUGUUACAGAAAACCAAUAUUAUGGACAGUCGCAGCCAAUCAAAAACUAGCUUUCAUAAUUUUGACGGAGUGGGCAAGGACGUUAGAGUUGCCUCGCAUGUCUCGGCCGUCGAAGUUUGUUUUGGUCUGCUGGUCCCCGUAGGUUGUUAAGUACAAAGGAGGACCGAGGAUGACAGGACAACCUGUAAAUCACCUGACCAGAAAAUUAGGGUGGAGUUUACAUCAUCUGCCAUGGACAUUCCACACUAUCCCACUGAAGAAUAUGAUGUUUGAAAGAGAAGCUGUUUUUGGAUCACACACAAUCUGUUUCAUGAGGCACAUAACACCAGCUGUUUGUCCAGCUCAUAAUAGAUGUCUUCAUGGUCAGGAGGGGUCAAACAUACUACCAAAUGUGUGGAGUGCACAUAAUGUUAUCACUUGCUUCAAGAGACAUUGCUUACCCUGGAGACAUUUUCAUUCAUCAGGACCAAGCAUCCAUCAGCUAGGGACUGGCAUAGGAAAGUCUGACAACAGUGCACAUCGCAGUUUUGGUGUAAGAGAAAGUGAUACUUCAGUUGCAGCAUGGGCACUGAGACUUUCCAAUGAAAAUAAUUACUUGUCAUGGUGCAGGAACACCUAUCUGACCACAGUAGUAGGCAUUGCCAUGCUGGGGGAAGGGGCCUCAUUAUUGGCCCAGCAUGCUGCAGAGGGGGCAUUCUUUGUCGCUGGAGUUAAUCUUUUGUGGGGCACUGGUCAGUUGUUCUACAAUGUCUUCUACCUUCGGAGACGAAUGGAAAUGUCGUGGAUAUGGGCAAUACUUUAUUUGUCCAUGGCAACUCUUCAUUUGCUACUGUGGCUAAUGGUGUGUUUGCUUUAUAUAGGCUACACUGAUGAUCAACGAAGGAUCAUUGCUAUAGGUUUCUGUACUAGCUCAGGCAGUCAUUCUGCUCUUCAAAAGAUGAUAUUAUCAAAGAUGAACACUUUACCACUCUUCUGGAAAUAUUAAAUAUUGACUACACUUAACAGCUAAAAUAUAUGAAGAACAUGCAGGUUGGUUACCUGUACUGUGAUGGGGUCCUAUUGGUAUAAUUUGGCUACAUUUUAGCACUAUGACCAUAGUGUUUUGCAUAACAACUAAGAUACAAUAUUUAACAGUUCAUUUGUAACUGCUGCAUUAUGUUUUGUCAUUAGCCAUGUCUUAUUUUCUGGUUAUUUUGUUAUCUUAGUAUCAGCAUACUUAGAAGCACCUCUAGGAUGUUCUAAAUCAAUGAAACAUCCUGUUCAGUACACCUGCACUUUAUGAAAAAAUUAUAUUUGCAUAUAUCCUGUAACUGUGAUCAUUUUUUUAUUUUUUUAUGCUGGACCAAUACUGUGUUUAAAUAAUGCUGCAUCUUAACUGCUUGUUACAAGCUGUACACAUUCUUGUAAUAUAACUAGACAAGUUGUCUGUACUGUGCAAUUUUUAUUGAAGUUUUCGGAAUAAUGUCUGAGUUGAGACAGUCA